ACUUCGGGGUGAGAUGUAAGUCGCUUUAUUUCUCCUCCCCUAACCUUGUGAGCUGGUGGGAAUUAACAUUGUGAUCGUAUUCGUGUGUGCUCGAGCGCCAAGCCUUUGCUGCCCCACCCAAAUUUGCCUGGUAGUGCGCAUGUGCGCUGCCUCCUCUUUCUAAGUGUUAUUCUCAUGCCUGCGCUCUGGUGACGUCGCCAUCCUUAGCAGUGUGUUGGGUGCUGGCUGCUUCUCUCCGCCUCGCCUACGUUGUGCACGCGCACGCAUCCUUGCCGUGCCCGAGCUUGAGCCGGGCGGUUCUUACGCUGGAAGGAGCUGGAGUCAGUGUGAACUAAUAACCACCGCCGCCCGUGGGAGGGACGGAAAACACGAGCUAUAUACCGUGUGUAAGCGAGCCGGUGAGUGUGCUCGGCUGAGGCAACGCAGGUCUCUACAAGAAUCUUAAAGCGGCUCAGCGUGAGAAAUGGCAGCCAUUCGUAAGAAGCUCGUAAUUGUUGGAGAUGGUGCAUGCGGGAAAACCUGCCUUCUGAUUGUGUUCAGUAAAGACCAGUUUCCAGAAGUGUAUGUCCCAACAGUUUUUGAGAACUAUGUGGCAGACAUAGAAGUGGAUGGCAAGCAGGUUGAGUUGGCCCUAUGGGAUACAGCUGGUCAAGAAGAUUAUGACAGACUGCGACCUCUGUCCUAUCCAGACACUGAUGUUAUAUUAAUGUGCUUUUCCAUUGAUAGCCCCGACAGUUUAGAAAACAUACCUGAGAAAUGGACCCCGGAGGUGAAACAUUUCUGCCCCAAUGUGCCCAUUAUUUUAGUUGGAAACAAGAAGGAUCUGCGUAAUGAUGAACACACUCGUAGGGAGCUCACCAAAAUGAAACAGGAGCCUGUGAAGCCCGAAGAAGGUCGUGACAUGGCAAACCGUAUCUCCGCCUACGGCUACAUGGAAUGCUCUGCAAAAACGAAAGAUGGCGUGAGGGAAGUGUUUGAGCUGGCUACACGGGCAGCCCUGCAAGCUAGGCGUGGCAAGAAGAAAACCACGUGCCUUCUCAUCUAACAGAGAAACAUGCCGUAUUGCACACACACAACCUAUUCCCAUACUCCUCUGGGGCACUGGGAGUGCAGCAAGGGUGAAGCCCACGGCAAAACGUACAGUCACAGAAAAAAAUCCUGGAAGGGAUGUUUAUUAAUCUUUAGAGUGUUCUUACUGGCCUUUUUGUCUUUUUCAUUUAUUCUGUUAUGAGAUUUUAUAAAAAAAAAAAAAGUCAUCUUGCUACCAGUAUUUAAAAGUCAACGUUUUUUCUUUGAUAUAUAAAUAUAUAAUAUGUAACUUCACUGUUAGCAGAUUUGUCCAUGCACCAGACUAACUCUGACAUUCCACUGUAAUACCAGUCUGCACCAGGGAAUUCUGAUACGAGACUGGCCUCCUUUAUUUCUCCUAAGCUUCAUAGUGUCCCCCUCUUAUUAAUAUUUGCUCCUGCCUUUAAAUAUGUAGUAUUACAUGUUGCACUUUUGUCUUCGCCAUCUCCGUGCUCAUUGGACAGGACAGCAAUUUUGGUUCAUCUUUCAGUUAAGAGCAACAUGGCAGGAGUAGUGUUUACGUCGCAGGGCUCCUUUUAGUUUUUUCCUUCCCUGUGUACAGAGUUAAAAGCUGCUCGACUAAAACCGUAUAAUGUUUCAAGAAGUCAUUUAUCCCAUUGAGCCUCCUGCUUCUUAAUUUGAUGAAGUGUUCAUGCAGACGGGCUCCGUAUGAAAUGAGACAGCCGUUUUUAUACUCUAAGUCUCUAAAUAUGGUGGCAGUAGUCGGCAGGGGCUAAAAAAAAAAAAGAAAAAAAACUUACCAAUGGAGUAGUUUGGCAGUCAAGCACUACAGAAGUUGUUGCCUUUGAAUCGCUGUCCUGGUGUGGUGUCACGUGACCUACGUGGGACGGUGAUUAUUCGACUGUAACAAUACUGCUGCAGUGUUUAGAGGGUAAAACUUACUGUUGCUGGAAUGGUCUGCAACAGAUUGCUUUGCAAUGCAUUUAAACCCUUUUGUAGCAAAAGGGGUUAAUUAUCUUUGGGUACACUGACUUGUUUUAAUUUUUUGUGGCAUUGGUUAAUAAAAAUUUCUAGAACCA